AUGGCACCCCUGAAAGUCCUCAUCUGCGGUGGAGGCAUUGCCGGUCCUGCCCUCGCUUUUUGGCUUUCAAAACUUGGCCACGAUGUUACAGUCGUCGAACGAUUCCCUAGCCUCCGUGCCAGCGGGCAGCAGCUCGAUCUACGGGGCCCCGGUAUCCCAGUCAUGAAGCGUAUGGGCCUCGAGGACCUUUUCCGCUCCCAAAGCAUCAAGGAGGCGGGCAUGCAGUUCGUCGAUGACCACGGAAAACAGAAGGCUUUCUACCCAGUCAACACGUCGGGUGAGGGAUUACAGAGUUUCACAACUGAAUACGAGAUCAUGAGAGGAGACCUCUGCCGCAUGUUGUACAAUGUUGGCAAGGCCCGUGUCAAGUACAUAUUCGGUGUACACGUCGACAGUUUUGAACAAGGUGCCGACUCAGUCAGCGUAAAAUUCUCAGAUGGAAAGGAGGAUCAAUUCCAUCUUUUGGUCGGUGCGGACGGGCAAGGAUCGCGUACUCGGAGGAUGAUGCUCGAACCCAACGCCCCAGAUCCGUUCCACUUUCUCAACCUAUACAUCGCAUACUUCACAAUUCCUCGAGAGGAAGGAGAUGAAUACAUGAGCACCCUUUACAACGCUCCAGGAAAACGUUUUGUUUUCACUCGAAGACAUGCCCCGGACACGAUCCAGGCAUAUCUCGGCUACUGCACUGCUUCGGACAAAUUGGAUAAUGUCAAGAAGAGCGACAUCGACGAGCAAAAGAAAGCCUGGGCUGAACUCUUCGCCGAUGCUGCUUGGAAAACACCGCGAAUAAUCCGUGAUAUGCUGAAUGAUGAGGCGGCAAACGACUUCUACUCCCAGGAGGUGGGACAGGUGAGGCUGAACUCAUGGUCUCGUGGUCGGGUGGUCCUUGUCGGGGAUGCUGCUUAUUGCCCAUCUCCAGCCACAGGUAUGGGUACCACAUCGGGCCUUACCGGUGCCUAUGUAUUGGCAGGGGAGAUUGCCAAGUACUGUGGUUGUCUUGAAUUUUCUGAUGGUCUGAAGGACCCUCUUUUUCAUGCUUUGAGCGAGUACGAAAGAAAAUUCCGGCCCUUCAUGACAGAGGUACAAACGCUGGGACCCGGCAUGCCAAACAUUGUAGCCCCAGAGACCCAAUGGGGCAUUUCUGUGAUGCACUUGAUCUUGUGGCUGGCUGCGUUGCUAGGCAUUGAUGCAGUUGCGCAAUGGUUUCUGCGCGAACAGAAUUCAUGGGACCUGCCAUACUAUGAGGAGUUGGCUAUUCCUACUCAGGGGAGACCUGAGUCUGCCAUUGCUAAAAAGACUCGCUGA